UGUUUGUUGGCGUACUGAUGACUACUGUGUGAUCGUGAUAACAUUUAUAAGUUAAGCUAGCACAAAUAUGAGUCAGUUGUGUAUUCUUUGCACAUUUUAAUUGUGUAAUCUGUGUGUUUGUUUAGAUAACUUAGUUUGUGGUAACUUUAGCCUUGGUGAUUUAAGCUAGCAGAACAUGAGUUACUGUAGCAGACAUUGUUAGCUAGUUUGUUGAGCAGCGUUGAGCAUGUUAAUUGUCUUGUGGGGCCUGGCUGAUUUGCACAUAUGUGUGGUUAUAUUAUGUCUCCAUCACUUGUUGGUCCAGGUGCUUUGCUUUGAUAAGUAGCAAAGGGAGGCCUUUUGUCAACAAUGAAGUACUGCACUGAAGACCGGUUAGCACAGGUUUCAGAUUCGUGUUAGCCAAACAAUGGUAGCUUUUAAUUUUGGAGAGACGUGCUGAGAAGAAGCCCACUUAUAUACUCAGUUACAUAAUAAAAAUAGCUUUAAGACAAGUUUGGGGAAAUGACCCUACUUAUUAAAUCUAUUUUCUGUGGUUUUUAGUACCUGUUUGUAGUAGUUAAAUGGCUGGACAACUGAGCACGCUGUGGAAGUCAUUCAGGUGAAACUGCCAGUGGAGCUAGCCAAAUAUAGCUUAGCCCAAGCAGAAACAAUGUGGAUAUGCGGCCUGCUCAAUGCAAAGCAAACUUUAUUUAUAUAGCCUAGCACAUGUCAUUCCAGGGGACACUCAUGUGCCUCACUUGAAAACACAUGUUUAUAGAGUAAAUAUACGUACACACAUACAGCAUAUUCAUGCAAAUCAGACACAUGUGUAUAGACAUCAUAGAAACAAACAACUAGAAUAAUCCGAUACACUUUGAACACAAUAAAAGAAAACUCAUCAAAUGUACAGGAGAACAGUUUUCAGUCUGCUUUUAAACAAUAUAAAUGUUCACACAUCUAAUACAGUCUGGCAAGGUACUGCAGCAGCUGGGACCACAAAGCUGCUUCAUCAAACUUUUGAUUGAACCCUCGGAAGUACAAGACGGCCCGAGCCAGAAGAUAAGAGCUCUGAUAGGUUUAUAUUGAAUACGUCAGAGAGAUUUCGAGAGGCAGUGUGGAGGUUUAGAAGUUAGGAGCAGGACAGAGAUAGAGAAUGGUGUUACCUGUCGGACGGUUCAGUAGAUUUAUUCAGGCAGCGUCUGAUAUCCACUGCUGAGUCCAGUGAUAAGUCCAGACAUUAUCUGACUCUAACCCAGAUUCUACAGAGACCAGCUUCCUCCUGGGAAACGCCCAGAUCGUGGAGUGGCCUGUAGUUUACAGCAAUGACGGAUUCUGCAAGCUGUCUGGCUUCCACAGGGCUGAGGUCAUGCAGAAGAGCAGCACAUGCAGUUUUAUGUACGGAGAGCUGACGGACAAGAAGUCCAUCGACAAAGUCAGGCAGACGUUCGACAACUAUGAGUCCAACUGUUUCGAAAUCCUGCUGUACAGAAAGAACAGAAGUCCAGUGUGGUUCUACAUGCAAGUGGCUCCCAUCAGGAACGAGAACGACAAGGUGGUUCUGUUCCUCUGCACCUUUAAGGACAUCACUCUCUUCAAGCAGCCGAUCGAAGACGAAACGACUAAAGGGUGGACCAAGUUUGCGCGGCUGACACGGGCGCUCACCAACAAUCGCAACACACUGCAGCAGCUGGCACCCAUAGGCAAGCAUGAAGUCAGCCAUAAACAGUCCAGACUGGCGGAGGUUUUGCAGCUAAACUCCGACAUUCUCCCGCAGUACAAGCAGGAGGCCCCCAAGACGCCUCCCCACAUUAUCCUUCACUACUGUACCUUCAAAACCACUUGGGAUUGGGUCAUCCUCAUCCUCACCUUCUACACGGCCAUCAUGGUGCCCUACAAUGUCUCCUUCAAGACCAAGCAGAACAACAUUGUGUGGCUGGUGCUGGACAGCGUUGUGGACGUCAUUUUCCUUGUGGACAUCGUCCUCAACUUCCAUACCACCUUUGUGGGGCCCGGCGGAGAGGUCAUCUCCGACCCCAAGCUCAUCCGCAUGAACUACCUGAAGACCUGGUUUGUCAUCGACCUGCUGUCCUGCCUGCCCUACGACAUCAUCAACGCCUUCGAGAAUGUGGAUGAGGGCAUCAGCAGUCUGUUCAGCUCUCUGAAGGUGGUCCGCCUGCUGCGUCUGGGCCGGGUGGCCAGGAAACUCGACCACUACCUGGAGUACGGUGCUGCUGUUCUGGUCCUGCUGGUCUGCGUGUUCGGACUGGUGGCUCACUGGCUUGCCUGCAUCUGGUACAGCAUCGGAGACUAUGAGGUCAUCGACAAGGCCACCAACACCAUCAAGAUGGACAGCUGGCUCUACCAGCUGGCUAUCAACAUUGGAUCACCGUACCGCUACAACGCCAGCGGUUCUGGCCAAUGGGAGGGCGGCCCUGGCAAGGACUCUCUGUACAUCACCUCUCUGUAUUUCACCAUGACGAGCCUGACGACCAUUGGUUUCGGCAACAUCGCCCCCACCACGGAUGGAGAGAAGAUCUUCUCGGUGGCCAUGAUGAUGGUGGGCUCUCUGCUCUAUGCCACCAUCUUUGGAAACGUGACCACCAUCUUCCAGCAGAUGUACGCCAACACCAACCGCUACCACGAGAUGCUUAACAAUGUCCGGGACUUCCUGAAGCUCUACCAGGUUCCCAAGGGGCUGAGCGAGCGGGUGAUGGACUACAUUGUCUCCACCUGGUCCAUGUCCAAAGGCAUCGACACGGAGAAGGUCUUAUCCAUCUGUCCCAAGGACAUGCGAGCCGACAUCUGUGUCCACCUCAACAGGAAGGUGUUCAACGAACAUCCUGCGUUCCGGUUAGCCAGUGACGGCUGCCUGCGCUCGCUGGCGGUGGAGUUUCAGACCACCCACUGCGCCCCCGGAGACCUGAUCUACCACUCCGGAGAGAGCGUCGACACCCUGUGUUUCGUUGUGUCGGGGUCACUGGAGGUCAUCCAGGACGACGAGGUUAUCGCCAUCUUAGGUAAAGGCGACGUGUUUGGUGACGUCUUUUGGAAAGAAACCACCCUGGCGCAUGCGUGCGCUAACGUCAGAGCGCUAACGUACUGCGACCUCCACGUCAUCAAGAGGGAAGCCUUGCUCAAAGUGCUGGAGUUUUACACGGCCUUCGCCAACUCCUUCUCCCGCAACCUCAUCCUCACCUGCAACCUGCGCAAGAGGAUCAUUUUCCGCAAAAUCAGUGAGGUAAAGAAGGAGGAGGAGGAGAGGCAGCGAGCAAAGAACGAGGUGCAGCUCACUAUCCCGCAGGACCAUCCUGUCCGGAAGCUUUUCCAGAAGUUCAAGCAGCAGAAGGAGCUCCGCAACCAGGGAGCUGCAGCCGCCUCGCAACUGGACCUGGAGAAGAACCAGCUGCAGGUGGAGCAGCACCACCACCAGCACCUGCACCCCCACAGCCUGCAGCUAGGCCACUCAAGCCUGCAGCACUCCCUGCCGCUCAGCCUGCAGCGGCCCCCCUCUGCCAUGCAGAACGGGGCUCCGCCCAGCAGCAGUGUGCUGACUGUGUCUCAGGUCACGCCCAUGCAGAGCUCGCUGGCCUACAGCCAUCCAGGCGAGCCUCAUGCCAAGCAGAACAACUGUGAUAUCAUGGAGCUGCAGCCCAGUUCUGCUGGAGGUGGAGGUGAGCAGACUGUCAGACUCAAAGUCACCAGCCCUGCGCUGGGAAAGCCAGCCGUCAAGGCAAGCAGCUGGAUGCGCCUGAAAAACAACAUGGCUCCAGUGGAGGCCAGGAAGGAGGGGCUGAACAACAACGUCAAGGCUGUUUCCGUGGAGAUGCUCUCUCAGGAAGGUAAAGGUCAGGAAGCAGGUAGGAGUGGCGAUGUAGAGGAGGGCGGGGUGUCCAGCAACAAUCCCCUCCACAAAACGGACUCCUGCGACAGCGGCAUCACCAAGAGUGAGCUGCGCAUCGAUCGGGCGGGGGAGGCACGAACCCCUGCUGCUGUCACCCCCCUCCUCCACAGCCCUCUCCCCGGAGGAGUGGGGUCCCCUCACCCUUUCUGCCCCAUCCCAGAGCAGGCCCUGCAGGCCGCGCUACACGAAACCCGGCUGGAGCUCCGGGGGGACAUCCAAACUCUGGGAGGCCGUCUGGGCGCCCUGGAGAGUCAGGUAGCUGAAAUUAUCAAACUGCUGUCGGACAAGAAGCGGCCGUCCAUGGGGGCGCCGUCUGUCUCCACCGCAACCAAAACCAAAAUACAACGUCAGGACAUUUUCACCGUUUCCAGGCCUGUUUCUCCAGACUCAGAGAAGGACGACGGGCUCUGAAGAGAGCUUAACCAGUGGUGUAGAGAGUGUACUGGAAUAUACAGUGAUCACAUGGCACAUUGUUCUACUAUGAUCACGAUUAUCAGUUCGAGGUUAUGCUCGUUUUUUGGGCAUCCAGCAAUGUUGGAUCCAGCUACACCACUGGCCUCAAUUCUCCAAGAAAAACUGGCUUCUUUAACAUUUGCACACAGACUUUUAUCUCCAGGUCAUGUGAGAGUCACUCCACAGUGACCUGGAUGUUUUGAUUGUACAUACCUCUCUAUGCAUGUCCAGCUGGAUUCUGGCCUGCCAAAGAAACAAGUGAACGUACUUAUUGCCUGUAUAUUAUGCAGUUGACUGCAUGCAAAUCGAAUUUAAAGAGAACUGACAUUUUAUUGAGCUACACUGUACAUAUAACUAUUUUUCAUGGAUAAUUUACUAUGUGGACAUUCAGGGUUUGCAUACUGGUAGCACUAUAAACAUUGAAUAACAAAAGGGUUUACUGGCAAAGGAAUUGUGCAUGGAUUAUUUAUAGAGAAAUCGAAAGGGAAGGAUGUUUUUUUUCUUUGCCUGUGAGAUGAAAUAGAAGUUCUCAACUUCUGCUCUCAACUUGCCGUCUAAGAACACAAAUAUGAUGAAGAAGCCUCCCUUAAUUUUCUGAUAUGUUUUUAUAUUAAUUAAUGAUUUUGCUUCUUAUAAUAAUUUCUAUUUUUGAUUACGGAAAUGUCCUUGGCCUCAGUUGUUGAUGUCCGGUAAACCCUUAAAUGGUUAUUUUGUUCCUUUGAAUCCUCCUUGUGUCUAUGCAUCGCUCGGGUACGCCGCUAGAAUAUUCUCAAUAUUAUACCUUUAUUAUCAUUUCGGUGAAUGAGGGAAGUUUUUUUUUUGUUCCGUUCCUUUGCAUGAAUCAGGGAUGGCAGAAUGCACUUUGGGUAAAGCUGGGAUGACAAGAAGGCUUUGGGGAAAUAACACAGAGUUCAGUUCACAUAAAAGUCCACUCAGCACAGUGACAUGUAAUCCCACAGCCCCAGCACCACACACGGCAGUCUUAACCAGUGAGCUGAAGCCCGCUCUGAAUUCCAUUAACGACAGCAGCUUCACCGCAAAAAGCUCAAGUAAUAGAAAAUGGAAUACCAUACUUUUUAUGAUAUCAGUUUUCUAAAUCUGCAUGCCAGAAGGAGUAGUUUUAUGCUCCAGAGUGUGUACAUAUAUAUAUAUAUAUAUAUGCGUGUGCGUGCGUGCGUGUGUGUGCGUGUGCGAGAGAAACAGAGAGACACACACACAUUUCAUGCAUACACAUGCACAGUGUGACGGCGUCUCUUGAUGUGAACCCUGACGGCCCAGGGAGACUAUUUCUUCACAGAAGACAGAUCAGUCAGGUUUUGUCAGAAGUCCAGGUUUUUCAGGUCUUGUGAGAUUCAGACGCUGUCCCUCCUCACUCUGCAGUGCAGCAGCACUCAUCCCAUGACACACACACACGAUCAUAUUUAAUAAGGCAGAAUAAUAAGAAUAAGGCAGAACAUAGAUGUACAGUAGCCAUCAUGGAAGCCUCAAAUAGUUUUAAAUGACUAGAUUCAUGUCAUUCCUGCUUUAUUACAUUAUCUACAGUGUGAGUGAAUGGACAGGUGGCAGAAAACAGCCUGAUGUGAUGUGAUGUGCUCUUGGCUAAGUUAACAGCUGGUUGGAUUUCCUUUUUUUUUUGGGGGCUUUUUAUUACUUUAUAAGACAGUCAAUAGUAGAGAGAUAACAAAAAGGUCUUCUAUCAGACUGAAACUAAGGUUGUCGCAGUUCACGGUCAGCACCUUAAACCCCUAGGCCACCAGGGUGCGCUAGCUGGUUGGAUUUGACCAUCUCAGAUGAUUUGUAUUGUUUUUGAAAGAGCAGUAGAUCUGUUGAUGCCAAUGCAAGGUGUCUAUACAGGAAGCAGUGAUGCAAAUAACACAUUUUAAAAAGGACAAAAGAUGAAGAAAAUAUUAUAUUUUUGCAUUACUAUCAGUCUAAUGUCAGGAUUAGAGUACAUAAAAUGGCCCAAUCCAACAGACAUAAGGUGUCAGGAAAGAAAAUUGUUAGAUUUAACUGGUGUACUGUGUCAUACUCAAGUGUGUCAACACUUCACCCUGAUGGAAAGACAAGUUUAUCAGAAUUUAUUUGCCUCCUUUAACUAGUUUCACAGCAUCUGCGAUGUCCUGCGUGAUAAUUUGAAUGCCAGGGAUGUUGAUAUUGCUAGUCUAAAGGCCAAGGUAUGCUUGAAAAUAAUUAAUUUGUGCUAAGUAUCUUCCUGUAGAGGACACAUCUACAUGCAAAAAUAUUUGUAACUGUUCUAAAUGGCCACACUUGAAGGCAACACAAAAAGCCUGCCACAUAGAAAGGGGUAACACAUGAUUCAUCGUACUACUACUUUCGGACAGUCUCUCCUCAAAGACAUUGUGUAAAAUGGCUGGCUUGUCGGAUUGUCGGUUUCGCAACGUUACAAGACUGUGGGUUUGUGUAGAGUUUUUCAUUCUUGGAAGAAAGUAUAAACUAAAACAAACCAUGAGUGUCAUUUACACUUUUCUGGCUCUCAAACCACUUAUUGCACUGAAAUAAAAAAAAUCUAUUUUCCAUCUUGGUCUAUCAUGAUGUUAGACACGCUGACUCGUUCAGAUUAGUCUCUCCCUGCUGUCAACAGGCUGGAAAAUGACGAGGAUUAAUAACUUUGUAAAGCUAAUUGGCAUAAAGUCACACUAGUUGAAGACGAGCUUUGACAUGAGAUUUCUGUCACAAUAUGUUAAUCAGGUUUUGCUUUGGAACAUUUUUGAAAGAAUACAGUUUUAAUGGCUUCUGUUGUGCAAAUGAGAAGAUCUGAUUUAAAUGGGAAUUUCAUCCUGCGAACGAGUCCACUUUCUGUACCAACCUGCUUCUCUUUCACACUCUGUCACCGCGGGGAGUUUCCCAGGGCGGCCCUUGUUCUCUCUGCUGUUGGCCACUGAGCAGAUCCCCUGCAAGAAUCAGGGGCAAGUGCCUUGCUCAGGGGCACCUCAGCAGCAGUUCCCUAGCAUGAAUGCAGAAAUUAAUUUAUUAGAGGAUUUCAUUGAUGGCUACCACUGUACCUGUGUAGAGCAGCACAUAUGCUUCAUAUCUCUAUCUUACUGACCUGUCACUUACAUCGUAAAUCAUGCAAAGCUAUGCAACAUUUAAUUCUGUGACAGUUGUAAAGAGGCUGAUUCUGAUGGACUUUUAUUGUUCCAUAGUAUAUACUGGAACAAUAGGCAAGCCAGCAUAAGGGUAAUUAUUGCAAAUAUAUCUAUUGGAGGGUUCGAGGAUUUGUUUGCAUGUGUAGAUAAGAUGAGAUAUCAGUUAUUUAUAUCCACCAACGAAACAUGACCUAAACCUAAACUAAAUCAUGAGUAGCAUUAAAUCAAAGUUAACUGUCUUUUUUUUUAGAAAUGCAGUGAGUCUGUCGGUUCAACACUUUCCUUCCCAGAAGCUGAUUCGUAAUGACUUUGUUUUCAUGCAGCGCCACCAAAAGGUCAAAAACUCCCACUUGUCCAACACUUGAGUUCUUGACAGGAUACGUCUAAAACGAAUGACAGAAUUCCUGUUAGCUUCAGUUGUAUUUUAGAGCAAUGCCAACAUGCUAAUUUGCUAAAUGUUUAAUUAACUUAUAGAUAAUAACAAGAUGUGUUGUGAUAUGAACAAAACCUUUUCACAGACAUGAGUCAUGUAGAAGUUGACCUCUCUUGACUCAGUCAACUUGCAUGAAACUUAAAAUGACUUUUCAGUAGAGGUCCUCACGGGACCGCUCAGUUCCUAGUAACUUAAACCCAACCUCAGUCAGGCUGGGUCCAAAUUCUAUUCAGUAACAGCGUCUGGUAGGGUCCCGUUCUGUUGCGGUGGGUCUCGCCAAUAUAUCCAAUACCCUGCUCUCAGUCAGGAAACAUUACAUGUGCUGGUUGACCAACACGCUGCUGCCAGCUUUGGUGUUCUCUGAAAACCGGGGUACUGUAUUUCCAGUAUAGCUUGAAAAAAGAAAGUGUUCCCAUCUUAUUCAUCUAACAUUAGGUUCUGAACACCUUUUGUGCACCAGUUGUCAUACAGGCCAGUUAACCAGUUUGUCCAGCCACACAGAAAACAGACCAUAAUGCAAUGCAGUCACAGCGUGCAUCUUAAUGGAUCUGCAGAUGGUAGUGUGAGGUACUGUGCCCCUUUUUGAUGAGGUUCUUGUAGUUUGACCAACUGGGCACGACUCACUGUGGCUCAGUCUCAUUUGGCAACAGAGACUCUUCUCUGGGAGAUGUUAAAAGCUUUUUGGGAACCCAGAAAAGCACUCACUGACAAAGCUUGAGGAACAGAGGGUGCAGCAAAAGCAUAAACUACAAAAUAACUCCAAGAAUGCACCAAACAUCACAGACUUAUUGUAUCUGUGUAAAUCUGAGAAGAAUCUCUGUGAUUUAAAGAUCUCUGCAGAUGCUCAGUUUGAUUCGUGCGGAUAGUGACCUGGCGAUACAGCUGUCACUGAGAUCUUAUGAUAGAGCUGAAGAUUACACCUAACAAAAACAAAAGUCACAAUACAGGAUGAAAAAUGACAGAGGGGAUCUACUAUUGUUCUGUAUCUGUUGGAACAGUCCCCCCUCUUUCUGCAAUUCUAAAACGUUUUAAGCCUAGUCAAAGCAAAUAGAUUUUACAUCAUUUUCAGUCAGUGUAGGAAUCCUGCUCUUGAACAUAUCACAUCUUAAGUUUCCCUUAAAUAACUUUUCUGAAACUUAGACUCGAGGUUUUUCCAAGAUGAGUGUGAUUAGUACGGCUGCGUCCUUUCUGCUCUUCCUGCAGCAGCAAGUCUUCAGAAGAAGCUCUGAAUAACUUUGAAAUCUAGUGCUGUGUAAGAUUUGCUUUAAAAAAAAUCCACAAUUUUAGAUUUGCAAUUCAGUGAUUCUAUUUUCAAAUAUAACACUCAAGAAAAAUGCUCCCUCUGCAGUAAAAGUACACGAUGGGGUGCAGGACAGGCGGCUCCUCCGAUGGCUUCGACCGCGUUUCGAGUUUGAGAAUUUCCCUGUCAGCAAACUCACCUGAAACUUUGCGACUUGUCAGGUUGUAAGGAGACACAGGCAGCAGAGAGCUCAUCCGUCCUCUAUUAUUAAUUUGACAAGAGAAUGAAGGGCGACUCCUGUGAUCUGAGCCCUGCACACGCACACACACGCACACACACGCACACACACCUUUCAGCACAGGAUUUUUCGACUUUGCCACUUGAAUGUACAACAACGCCCCCCAGCCACUGUCCCCACUCUGCUCUCCCAGCAUUUUCACUCGGAGCAGAGAUGAUUUUUUUUGUCUUUCUUUGUUUCUUUACAUUUGGGGAAGAACUGUCCUUUCUCUACUUUUUGAGGAGUCCUCUCUCUCUUCUUUCUUUCCCUCCCGUCUCUUUUCUCCACCUUCACCCCUCUGAUCCUCCUUUCUCUCUCAUGCUCUCCUCAGCAUGCUGAUGAUGUACAGUCUCUCUGCGUCGUGCCGACUGACUAACACCAUGAAUCCACCUCUCUGGGGACGGGCGGCAACGACCGAGGGGUCUCAUUUAUUAAAAUGAUCCUUUGGCUUGAUUUGAUUCUGCAUAUUGCAUUGAAGAUCACACUAAAAGAAAUUGAAGUCAUUUCCCGGAUAGUGAUAGAAUUUUUUAUUGUUUCACUUAUCUCAGAAAAUCAACGCAACCUGCAGAAUUUUCUCACCAGGAUUAAUUUUUCAUCAAUCUCAGCUUUAGCUCAGAUUCAGUCAAAGAACUUUGGACGAUUUUAAUAAACGGGGCCCUUUAGGAAAAGCUUCUCUCUUUUUUUCUACUGGAAUGUUAUCAAUUUCUACUGUUUUGUUAAAGCAAUGGUAGGGAGCAGCACUGAAAUCCCACACUGACUCAUGUAUUGUUUUACAGUUGCACACCUAAACUGUAGUGUCAGAAUAAUAAACAGCUGUCUGGGAUACUCUC